UCUCAUUCCAGUGAACUACCCUUCUGCACUGCAGUUCAGGGAAUCAUUUGCGGUGGCUUGGCUCAGCUUUACUCUCAGUACAUGCUUGGAGUUGAUCUACGAUGGGAUCGACUUCGUUGGGCAUAUGAGUUUGAUGUCGCGAUGCGAACUAAGAGCGCAUCUGACUUGAGCGGCCUCAGCCGAGAGGAAAAGAAGAGGGCCCAGUGCUCCUUUGAACCAGGCGAAAUCGCUCACGUCGAUGGUGGCGGUGGAAUCACGGCUGCCUUCUACGAAUUCUUGGACCGUGACAACUUUCCACUGACGCCAAUAGAACGGCGAUACAUGCGCGUUCUUAACGACAGCGCUCCCGAUAUCAGCAAAUAUUGCCUUGUCCUCCAACGUCUCAGCGCAGACACAUUCAUUGUGUGCUACAUCGCGUCUUUCGGUAGUGUUGUAUACGGCACUGGCCUCUCUCCAGUAACUCGCUUUUUUUCCAUGGCUAUGGGCGACACACCUCCGUGGCCUCCCAAUUCAAGGCCUCUGCACGUUAUCCCGAGAUGGAUUGGAUCUGGCUUCAUAUUUGGUGUUCCCGUGGUCAGGAAAAAUCUGUCAAAGACAACUCAUUCCCGUGCUUCUCUUGCCCACGGAGAACUGCAUAGGGUAAGAUCUUUUAUUGCAGAAAGGCUCAAGCUCUUCCAGCAGGCCCAUAAAGAAUUGCGUGCAAAAGAGCGCGAUUGGCAUAAAGUCCGCAAGAAAACUGGUCUCAAAAUUGAUAGCUAUGUGGAUCCCGUGAUGUUGGACGUGGAUCAACCAGGCAGGGUAGGCUCCAGCCCUGCGAUACCCAGUGAAGUGCCCGCCCCUAGCGACUUUACGGAAUGUUCAAACUUCAAAAACGUGCUUCGGAUCAAGCGUGACAUCAAAGGCAAGGUGAAAAUAACCUUGGUCGGCCUGAAGGAUUGUGACACGAGUUUAUUUCUAGUGCCUUUUCUCCACAGGCGCCAUUUCUUGGAAGUUCCUCCGAGCAAUCACUUAGCCUGGUUACUGCGAUGGCAACGACAAGAUAUUACAUCUUCACGACUCUACCUCAAGCGCCUCACGCCUCGACACUCAUCUUAUCCUGUGCUUCGAUACCUUCCACUCCCCUUUCGGUAUGUGAGACCUUGAGGACUGCAUAUUACUAUGCACUGCAAUGAACAGACCCCCCGGGAGAGUUCACUCAGUCCGACUUACCGAUAUUAGGAAUAUGGUAGUCCUAGAAGCCUCGUUCAGUCCCGCAUUUGACUACACUGGGACGGUAUCACUCAGGAUGUACGGGAGCAUAC